AUGUCAUUCUGUCGCAUCACCGGCAAGUGCCGGUCAUUGCCGAAACCAAACUAUUUUCCUAUGUUACCACCAAUCUCACCGGCAGAUGCAAAACGAUUUUGUCGCAUAACAGGAAAAUCCUACGGAUUACCAUCGCACCAUUUCAUUCCUGUAUUGCUUAUCAAAAAUUCACGCAGAGAAAAAUGUAAGGUAACCAACAUUGCCGGAGAGUUAAACCCCCACCAUUACGUUCCCGGUAACUAUGGUAGCAGAAAACACAUUGUUAUCUGUCAACUUCGUUACGUACUUCCGGUUCUGGACGCUGAAGAUGAUGCCCAAAAAAAUUUAACCAACAUUCUCACACAGAAGAGCAAACCCGUCGAGCAGAGCUUGUACGUUUACAAAGUUGACGAGCGAAACUUUGGUCUCGUAUUUCCGGCACGACUGGAAGCUGCCGUGCGGGAUGGAGACGUUCGUGACAUUAUGCUCGCCAAAGAGUCCGAUAAACUGCUCAUAAAACUGAAGAAAGGUAACAGUGUCUCGGUUAGUUUGCGAAACGUUGAACAGAACGAUCUGGAAAAUCUGUACGAAGGCGAAGGGCCUCGUGAAGAGGUCAUCAAAAAACGGGAACAGGAAGAAGCUAAGCGACCGAAAUCGAAAGGAAAAUCUAAUCUUUCCAGCAUAGCAAACAUUUUCGAGCAGAAGGAAAAGAUUGAAGAACAGAAGGAGGAAGAGGAGCAGCAAUUUAUCGAAGCUCACCGGGAGAAAGCGAUACGGUUGGCGGAAGAACGCCGCGAAAGGCAAUUAGCCGAAAGUAUGAAAGCAUUACGAUUGAACGUGCACUUGAUUGAGCAGGAAAGUGAACUUAGCGAUCUAAUCAAGCCAAUGAUUGAAUCGUGGGACUGGAGUACUCUGGAAAAGGAGGCUUACGAAAACAGCUCGAAUAUGACAUCCAUAAAAGCAUUGCCGGACGUCCAUCAGAUUACACCGGUUAACUUACCAUCUAAACAGAUUCAUGUGGAUCAUGCAAUUCUGGAGAAUUCCUGUGGCGUUGAAGCGGCGUCUUUCGUAGGGACGAUUAACCCGACAAAACUCGAAAUCAAAACCGAGCGGCUUAACGCAAUGAAGUCACUGCCAGUAGAAGUUUUAGAUGCCUUGUCCCAUGUUGAAGCAAAACUCUCCGCACAAUCUGAACUCUUUCCACAUUUAAACGAUUUGGCAUCGGUUGUAAGUCACCUGCAAGAAUCCCAGGCUUCAGAGGUGGACGGAGUCCCAGGAGCCAAGCUAGUUGUCAACCAUCAAAAUCUCUUCAUUCCUGGCCAAACGCUAAUGGUCAAUAACAAGCCAACCUUUGUGCCGGGUCAAACGAUAGAGACGGAAAAUGGUAUUCUUGAGUUCAUUCCUGGAGUUACGAUCACUACGCAUGACGGAACAAUAAAGUUUGUUCCCGGUGAAGUCAGUCUAACGAAAGCCGGAAAACCGCAGAACUUUGUUGCUGGUAAAAUGAUCGACGGUAAGUUCGUUUGCGGCCAGGUUAUGACCAUAAAUGACGAACCACAGUUUGUGCCGGGACAAACGAUUGUUACCCCUGAAGGGGUAACGAAAUUUGUAGCCGGCAUUGUCGAUGAAGCUUCGGGAGCUUUUGUACCGGGUCAAAGCAUUGAAACACCGGAGGGAAUUAAGUUUAUCCCUGGGCAAACGAUUACCGUUCACGGUAAAGAGAAAUUCAUUCCCGGGCAAACGGUUAUGAACAAGAGCAAAGAAAUGGUGUUCAUACCAGGUCAAUCGGUCGCCAACGAGCAGGGAAUUUCACAGUUUGUCCCCGGUAAAACUAUCGUCACACCGGAAGGUGCCAAAUUUGUCCCUGGACAGUACGUGGAUGAUACGUUCGUUCCUGGGCUGUCCAACGGGGAAGAGUUCGUGCCAGGUGUAAAUAUUGAAACCAAAGAGGGAUCGAAAUUUGUUCGCGGUCAGAUUGUCAACACAAAACAUGGCGACGUGUUUAUGCCAGGCUCGACAACGGUCUCCAAAGAUGGUCAGGUUCAGUUCCAGAUUGCCUCCACCAUCGAUGCCGUGCAGUUCAGUGAAGCUAGCCCUGUUGGCAUGGUGAUGGAUAGCGACAGCAUGAAGAUUACCGAGCCUACUUUGUGUGCCUUUGGGCACAUGGUGCAAAAUGAUGAAGGAGUUGCGUUCUUCCCGGAAAAGAUAAAGAAAGAAGAACUUCCUACCGGUAAGGUUGUUCCGGGAAAGCUAAUAAAGCAGCAAGCUCAGACUAAGUUCAUUCCUGGUAUCAAUGUUGAGGAUGGUUUUAUCCCUGGUCAGGUGGUACAAACCGAUCACGGUGAACAGUUCGUUCCUGGUCAAGUGAUCGAGACCAGUGAAGGUUUGAAGUUCGUCCCGGGACAGAUUAUAGAAACGAAAAAUGGAUCCAAAUUUGUGCCUGGUCAAACGAUGCAUACCAUUGAAGGUCCGCGAUUUGUGCCAGGUCAAAUUAUCAACACAAAGGCAGGUCCAAUGUUCAUUCCCGGACAGGUUAUUUCGACGGAUGAUGAUGGAGAGAAAUUCGUGCCCGGUCAGAUAGUCGAUACCGAUGACGGUCCUCGCUUCGUUCCGGGACGUGUGGUAGAGACGGAGAACAAGGUUACCUUCAUACCGGGUAGGAUCGUUCAAACGGCUGAAGGGCCGAAAUUCGUUGCACCAGAUCUGAAGGAUACCGAAGAUGGAGAUGAGGAGUUCCAUGUGCAGAGUUUUACGGUAACUCCUGAAGAGUUGAAACUUUUGAAACCGAAUCAGACUACGUCUACAAUGGAUACGACGGAAAGUACGUUGGUAGUUACCUUGGACAGUUCUAUGUUACAGCAAUUGUCGGAAGCUGGAAUGCACGUUGGCCGUCAGGUCGAGGCGUCCGCUGUGGAUUACGUGCUACAAAGUACAAAGGAACGAAAGGCUUUGCAACAGUUCAUAACAGAACACCACAUCCAAGCAGCCAGUAUAGAUGUGAUGGAAAACAUCUUCGAAGGUUUGAAGAAAGUGUGCAAACAAAUCAACUUAACUUCGUUGCAAUAUGGAACGGAAGAAGAUAAACUUAAUGCGGAUAUAAGUGCGUGCAACGGGUCGGCAGAGGUCGUAGAAAUGCUUGCUGCCAAUUUGGUUACGAUUUUAAUCAAUGCAAACGAAUCGGAGAAUCGAAACAUGUACGAGGUUAUAGCGGAAGCCAUCAAAAUGUCUAGUAAUGAGUACAGUAUCGAAGAACUUCAGCAUGCCAUGGAAACUCCAAUCGCUUCCGAUUAUCUUGCGAGUGUAAUGAACAGGACUAUAGUGAAGAACAAUAUCGAUCAGAAGUUGAAGACCAUAACUGCGUUCGUUGACGUUGAUGUUGAAGAUGGAGAAGAAACAGGCAUUUCGGCGCCACACGGUGCGAUCGAGGAAUUCUGCCAACUGAUGAACAAUGACCGAAUGUCGGAAGCGUUCGUAAACUUACUGAAGAAGGAUGAGAAUUUGUUCAAAUCUAUUGUAAGUAGUUUGAAAAUAUCCGGUGUAGUGGAGGAUAGUGUUAACAUUUCGGACAUUCUGCAAGCUGCUGUCGUGGAUAGCAUACAAGACAGGGCUCAAUCUGCCAUGGUUGAACUGCUUAGUGAUCAAAAUCAAGUACAGUUGACUAGUUUGCUGAAGAAAUCCAGUGGUUUAGCAUUGGCACUGGGACACAGCAAAGAAGCGGAAAUGUUCCAAUACUUAGUGACACAUCCGAAAGCACUGAAAGAUCUGAACAAAGAGGACGAAUUAUUCAACAUAAUCAAUCGAGUGUUGAUCAUGGAAGAGCUUGCGGAGGACGAUGACGAAUGCAGAGAACUGAUCGAUAGUUUAGAGAAAACGCCUUCCCACGCGACAAAAAGUGAUAAACUGCGUGAGCUAAUUCGUCAAAGUGGAGCUCUAACCUUUACCCCUGUGAAAAAAGUAGUCAUCGAAACGUCGAAAGACGUACCGAUUUCGCUGUUUUACACCAACAAUCGGCUGGCGAUUGAUGAAUUCUUCCUCAAGAGCGGUCAAGUGCAACGGCACAGCCCGAAGGCAUUCCUGAUUAUCAAAAAAGGAAUACAAGCGGUAAUUCCCCGGGAAUCUAGUCACGAAGUGCUGGCCGGAAAGAUCGCCUACACCGUACUGGACGAGCAUGGCAUUCGGCACUUCCAGCCGAUGAAUGUACUGAACGCGCUAAAAAUCACGCCACGCUUCUGUCAUCGCUUCUCGCUGUAUACCUGUGAUAUCCGCGAGGAUCCGGACAACGAUACGCUCAGCAGUAACAGUAGUCACGACGGAGAUUGGGACGACUCGAGCAACCACUAUCGGUCCGGUCUGUCCAGACGAGGGUCGAUGUACGCCAGUGGUUCCAGCAACGGAUACGACAGCAACAGGAGAGGAGACAGACUGGAUUAUAUGACUACAACAGCAACGCGCCGAAAGUCACUUAGGAAUGGGUAUAAUCAUCCCUAUCAUGCCUACCACCGUCAGGAUAGUUUUAAGUCCCUCCCGAUGGCAAUGCGGAUUGCGAUCAAGGCAUCACUCUCCCGAGAAGCACCGAUCAUCAAAUCGAGCAGCCGAAGCUACAUCCAGCGAUCGUCAUCGAUGGCCCGGCUAAAAUGA